CUGCGCGGACACCUCGCCGCCGAGGAGUGGGGCGCGCUCGCCUACUUCUCCGACUUGCGCGCGCUGCACGCUGACGCGGGCGAGCGGCUCGUCCCGGUCUCGCUGGGCAGCCCACUCGUCGGGCACGGGGAUGUCGCAGCACCACCUCCUUCACCAGCACCCGGCGCUGCAGCGGCUGCUCGCCGUCCCUCCCCACACGCUGGGCCGGCCCCUCUCCCCGACCAACGUCUGGAUCGGCACGCGCGGCACCGUCACGUCGCUGCACUCGGACCCGUCCGACAACCUGCUCUGCCAGGUGGCCGGCUACAAGUACAUCCGGCUGUACGGCCUCAGCGAGACGCCCAAGCUGCACGCCACCACGCUGCGCUCAAAAAACACCAACAGCUUUGGCACGUCGCCCGUCCGCGUCGAGGCGGACCCACUGCCGACCGCGCACGCGUCGGCCGCCGACGCCGCCUACGUCGAGACCAUCCUCGCGCCAGGCGACAUGCUGUUCAUCCCCAAGAGCGUCUGGCAUUAUGUGCGCAGCCUCACCACGAGCGUGAGCGUGAACUACUGGUUCUGAGUGUCGAUGGGGUGUGAAAGUCCGUUAAAGC